CGUGUGUGUGUAACUACAUUUCCCAUGAUGCCCCACACCGGAAGUCCAGGCGAAGCGUAAGACGGAAGCAUGCGAAGGGUGAGCCGGCAGCAGUGUGAGGACGGCCCGCUGCUGGAGGAGCAGGAGACGGAGGGCCAGCGGCAGCUGCACAGCCUCCUGCUGCAGCAGCUCCACACCGGCGUCGACAUCGACCGAUGUGUCGCCAAGAGGCAGUGCUUCGCCCCGUCGGCGCUCUAUCGGCCUUUCGGGGAGCAGGCCGCCGGAGUGAGGAGCCUCUCCGAGUUCCGGGCCCUGCAGGACGGCGAGAAGGACCUGGCCAGCCUGCGGGAGCUCGGCAUGACCGAAGCAGAGAUCCAUCUGUGGCGGAGCAGAGACCUGACGGAGGCGACGGAGAAGUCCCACGGUGUGUGCGCAGCUCCAGGUGCGAAGCAGCAGCGCCUGCAGGUGAUCCGAGACAAGAUCGAAGCCCGGGCGGAGCUCCUGUCCCGCCCGCAGCGCUUCGCCGCCAGCCGACCGCUGUCGCGCCGCGAGAUGGAGAUCGAGCGGGCUCUCUUCCAGGGAACCGACCGCCUGGGUUUCCUCACUGCGCUCUACCACAGAGACGAAGACAACCAGGAGAGCCAGGAGGGGGCGUCGCCCUCUGAUCCGAUGGACUCCCUCUACAGGGACGUUCUGGGGAAGGAGAGGAAACCAGCCGCAGAAACGACCCCAGCCGAGAACCCGUCUCCCCGCCGAUCCGACCAAUCACAGCCGGUGCAAUCGGAGUCCAUCUCAGAACCGCCGCCCGCUCAAAGCGGGCCGGCGCCACCGCCCGCUCCGCCGCGCGUUGACAUAAGCCAGCCAAUCAGCAGCCUGCGUGGAACGGCGAGGGCGGCGGCGUCGUCGGGGGGGCCCCUGACUGUCAGAGGGGACGUAGAGACGAUCUCGGACGAGGACAUCCAGAAGAACCGAGAAUCCGAAGAGGGGAUCCGGAACAUCCCGAGGUUCAGGAACUACCAGCCGGGGAAACCCUCCAAGGUCCUGUGCAUGAAGAACCUGAGCGCACAGGCCUCGGCGGCCCACCUGGUGGCGCUGUUCUGCCGGUUCGAGGGGGAGAGCGGGCCACCGGUUCUUUACCGCCUGCUGACUGGGAGGAUGAAGGGUCAGGCCUUCAUCACUCUGCCAGAUGCUGAAACAGCCCAGAGAGCUUUGCAGUUGGUCCAUGGAUACCGGUUGCUAGGGAAACCUCUGGUGGUGGAGUUUGGCCGCGAGCGACAGGAAGGAGAGAAGCAGGAGGAGAGGAAAUGAAAGAAAACAUGUGAUUAUAUGUACAUAUAUUUAUUUGGUAUUAUCUCUGUGGAUAAAAUGUAGUAAUUCUUUAAUUUAAAUAAAAUGUUCUGAGUACUCUUUUCCUUUGGUCUUAAUAAGAGACUACGACUGACCAACCAGCAAGUCGCCUUUUAAAAAGUACUGGUUAUACAAGUGGACAAAUAAUGCAAACAAAACAUAAGUAAAACAAUAAGUAAUGUUUUGAUGCCCAAAGUACAUUAAUUCAAAUGCAUUUCCUGGGAAUUUGUAUUUUUACCUAUUAAGCAAGUUGAGAUUGAUCUAACAAUUAACAUCAAUUCUACAUAAACUAAAAAAGUUGGAAAAGUUAGUUAUUCACUAAUUUAUCUUCCUGCGAUAAAUAACAAGGCCUCACAAACUGUUUAUCUGAAAGCAGAUGUGACUUCCAGCUUUCUCACCAGAUGAGGGACUCGAAUGUGCAUCUUAAGUAGGCCUGAUGUAUCCACAGCAUGGAUCAAGAAGUACGGACUAAUGUUCACAUUUAUGUUGCGGAUAUGUACAUGUUCGCAUAUUCUUUUAAAAGAUUAGGGAUCCCCUUAAAUGUCUGUGAUCAACUAAUGAGGUUUAAAGGUGAAACCUGUUCGUUAGCUCUUGUUUCCUGUAGAGUCGUAGUAAAAAACGUGUCACCUGAAAUCACACACACACACACACAAUAAUCGUUCCUCCAGAACAGGUGUUGCAGCGUUCAGCAGAAGGAUUAAAGUCAUGUGACACUUUCAGAAAAACCAAAGACAAAGAAUAUAUUCUGUGUUUUAAGCUCAAAAAGUCAUGGAACUUUGCACUUGUGUCCACGUUGAUGAUUAUAGUUUAUUUAGGGUUACUCCCUCGAGAGCGCCACUUACCAAUAUCAAUUAUUGCAGCCCUAGUGCUACAUUUCUGGAACAAUUAGACUGUGAUGCUACAUCAGGGAUUGUUUUAAUACUUCAUUUAUCUUACAUUGCAAUGCAUUGUAGUAAUGCUUUAUGUGAUUUUUCCCACAGGUGCUGUGGGAAUAUUUGCAUUUCCAUUUAAGGAGUGAAAUAAAGAAAUUACAUAUCAAGGAAAUAAGCCGUUAAACAGAAUAUAAAAUCAAUUACACAAAUAUACAACAUCUAUGCAUAUUACCAACAAAUGUUUGGUAGGUGGGGCUACAGGUGACCCCCCCUCCCCCCCUUUCUCUGCAGCAUCUGUGCAGCACACUUUGAUGUCAUUUUCCCUUUUGGUUCUCAAAAGACUUGCUUUUCGUCACUUGUUUUUCUAGCCUUUAACCCUCGGCUCUGCUUCUCUGUCCAUCUCUGAGAAGAUAGUCGUUACUCUCUUAUCUUCUCCUACAUAAACUGAAGAAUUAACCAUUUCCCAUCGUUAACAUAAAUUGCCCUAACAAUAACAAUGUUGUGUUCAUUCUAACCUGUUUGUUUUUUAAACUGUGGUAAAAUAUAUAGGCAUAUAACAUUGGACAUAUGUGACAGACCUUUAUCACUGCAAAGACACUUUUUUUCAGAAUAUUUAGGGAAUUAAAUGUGUUCAAGAUGGAAUACUGGAAUUAAUUAACCAAAUAAAUGUGGGCUCAGAAUAAAAAGAGAUGUUAAGAGUGAUCAUCUGAUCUGAUG